GCUUUUCGACGACGUCGCUCGACUGUAGAGGAGUUUUCCUGAACCGAUGGCGAUGCGCAGAGCGAGAUGCAUAUGGUGCAGUCAAUCUAUCAGAAGCCGCCCGGGUUUAGCGCCACCUGGGCACUCCAGAGCCCACUUCCCCGCUUCAUCCAUGUGUACAGCGAGCGGCGUGGGUGCAUCUAAUUCCCGACGGUGAAAUCCUCAAAAUUAAUAAGAACGAAGGAUAUCAGGCACAUAUAUGGGAGUCUUCCACCUAGCUUAUUAAGACUCACGCUCUACUUUGACGCCGCAGGUGCUUUUCCCACUUCUUCCAGCGUCUCAGUUUGCACGCGUCCAUCACGAUGGCGGGUUCAGUUCUCAUCACGGGCGCAAACGGCUCCCUUGGCCUCGCACUUGUGUCCUACAUCCUCUCCACGUAUCCAGACCACACACUCCUCCUCACCGUCCGGAGCCCCUCAUCCAGCGACCCAAACACGACAAAGCUCCACGAGAUCAUCGCGAAACACCCCAAAGCCGAUGUGCGCAUCGAACUUAUCGAUUUAGCAUCUCUCAAAGAUGUCGCGUCAUAUGCUGAUGAAGUUGCUGCAUGCAUUCGACAAGGCCAAUACCCUAAACUCUCAGCCAUCAUCUGCAAUGCGAUGACGUGGUCGCUCAACGCUGGGGUGCAGUUCUCCAAGGACGGACUGGAGCUUACUAUGGCUGUAAACACGCUGUCACACUUCAAUCUGGUACUCAGGCUACUUGGCGAGAUGGAAGAGCGGGGACGUAUCGUAUUCUUGUCGAGUGAUUCACAUUGGCCCGGUAAAGCAGGGCUCGAAGUGUAUCCGCCCGUGAUCCCGGAGGAUUUGGAAAGUUUGGUUAAGUAUAAAAAAGAUGCUCCCGGGGAAGAAGCGGGAAGAGGUUUCUUGAGGUAUGGGCUGAGCAAAUUGGUGGGUGUGAUGCUGAUGUACGAGCUGAAUCGGCGACUGCAGAAGCAAAAGACGCUGUCAAGCAUUUGCGUCCUGGCAGUCGAUCCAGGAGGUCUUCUUGACUCACGCGUAUUCGCGCAGGCAGAUGUUCCCCUUUUAUGGUGUGUUCUUAUCAAUAUAGCGCGCUUCCUCCAGCCUCUCUGGAGGCGGUUCAAUCCCAGAAUGAACACCAGCGCUGGUGCAGCAAGAGAUGUUGCUGACUUGGCGGUUGCGGACGAACUUGCUGGCAAGGAAGGGCAUUUCCUGUUCAGAGAUGAAGAUGAGAGUUCGCCGGCUAGCUACGAUGAAGAGAUGCAGGGACGGUUGUUCGUCAAGAGCGUAGAGUGGUGCAUGAUUAGGCAGGAGGAUACGGUGCUACCUCUAUGAUAGCUGGACGAAAUAUCACACAGGAGGAGCCCUGAGUGGGAAGACCGAGAGGACGGAUCGAUGACCCCUCACUGGAGCUAGUUUCUAAAGCUGAAGUCUCCUCAACUGUCGCCGUUCUCCAAGGUUGUGCUUGUCGUCUCACAUAAAACCACAGCCCUCACCUUCCCCCGUACAAUGCAAGCUUCCUCACGCGCAGCGAUCCUAGUGGCCGCAUCUGGCUCCGAAAUAAUGCCAAAGAAGGUCUGGAAGGAUGCCUCGUCCGGGAGG